AACCUGUGCCUCUGUGCCAUCCUACCAGGUCUGACUGAGCCCAGCCAUGCUAAUUUGCAACAAUUUCUUGGACCAUUUGUGGAUGAUCUCCUGUUGCUAUACACCACUGGUAUCAAGGUCAGAACCCUGUCAUGGCCCCAAGGACGACUUGUGUGUGUAGCAGUUGUAGGUCUGAUCUGUGAUCAUCCUGCUCUCUGCAAGGUCACUGGAUUUGCAGAGCAUGCAAGCACCAUGUGGCCCUGCACAAAGUGUGACAUCCAGAGAUCAGAGAUCUCCAUGUUCUCCAAUGCCUCAUGUCGCCCUUGGGACUGUGUGGAACACAAGCAGCAUGCUUGGGUGCAUCAGAACACACUGGAGGCCAACCAAGAUGAGUAUGCAAGAAAGCAUGGGGUAUGGUGGUCAGAGUUCAAUCGACUGCUGUACUUCGAUCCUAUCAUGAUGGGCAUGAUAGAUCUGAUGGACAGUUUACUUCUCAGUGAGCAUGGUUUUAUUGGCAAUCAAAGCUAA